AUGGGUGAGGCAUCGUCAUUCGUCGCGGUGCGCUUGAUGAGGAUUAUCCCCAUCCUCGCAAUCCUCGGCGCUACUUAUUAUAUAUUCCUUACCUGCUUCGCCUCUUUCCAGGCCACAGACGUCCCCGUUCCUGAAGAAUGGAGGAAUCACGAUGCAGUCGUCGAUGAGGUUGACGAAAUCACAGAAACUCUCACUCACGACCCUGAUUCUAGGCCAACUCCCCAUAAACUCACCAUCGCUGAGAUUGAGGAUCUUGAGAAUAAGGGAGAGUUUAUGGGCUUUGAGGACGAAGACGAAAUUGAUGUCUUUAUCAACUUGGACGAUGACGGUGACUGGGAGGAAGAUGAUCUCAAAAAGGAACUCGGCGAUGAGCUUGAAGGCGAUUUUGAGGAUGAGGAGGAUGAAGACUUCGGCGAUGACGACGACGACGACGACAACGACGACGACGUCGAUUGGUCGCGCUUUGCCUACAUUCAGUAUGUCACCAACGAGGACUAUCUCUGCAACUCGGUUAUGAUCUUUGAGCAAUUGCAUCGCCUUGGUAGCAAGGCUGAUCGCCUGCUCAUGUACCCGAAGGAAAUGCUUGAGCCAGAUGCUGCGUACUCAAACAAACGCGGUGGACAACUUCUCAUCAGAGCUCGCGAUGAGUAUAAUGUUACGCUUCAACCAAUUGAGAUCCAACAUCGCGAUGGACAAGAUGGUAUAUCUCCUACAGCCCCAACUUAUCCUUUACUAUCUAACUUCUGUCUAGAAACAUGGGCCGACUCCUUCACCAAACUCCUCGCUUUCAACCAGACCCAAUAUGACCGAGUUCUCUCCCUUGACUCAGACAGUAUGGUCCUCCAACACAUGGACGAACUCUUCCAACUACCUCCCUGCCCCGUUGCCAUGCCCCGCGCCUACUGGCUCUACAACGAGAAUCCUCCUAAGCGGAUUCUCUCAUCGCAGGUGAUGCUCAUCCAGCCCGACGACGUAGAAUUCGAGCGCAUCGUGCAAAAGAUGAACAGCAUCGGCCCCAACGACUACGACAUGGAGAUAGUAAACAGUCUGUAUCUCGACAGCGCUCUCAUCCUGCCCCAUCGCAAGUACGACAUGCUCACUGCCGAGUUCAGGAAUAAGGACCAUACCGCGUAUCUGGGCAGUGAGCGGGAAAAGUGGGAUUCUAGUGUUGCGCUGAGCGAGGCCAAGUUUGUGCACUUUUCGGAUUGGCCUGUUCCGAAGCCGUGGAUCAAUGAUGUUGAGACUAGAUUGGCGAACCAACCUGACUGUCCUGAGGAGAGUUUGUGA